AUGUGUUCACCAAGGCGAUGCUAUUGGUCCUGGAGGAGGGGGAGAGGGAACAGGCGAGAGUGGGAAAGAGGUGGGAGUGGGAAAGAGGUGGGAAAGAGGUGGGAGUGGGAAAGAGGUGGGAGUGGGAAAGAGGUGGGAGUGGGAAAGAGGUGGGAGUGGGAAAGAGGUGGGAGUGGGAAAGAGGUGGGAGUGGGAAAGAGGUGGGAGUGGGAAAGAGGUGGGAGUGGGAAAGAGGUGGGAGUGGGAAAGAGGUGGGAGUGGGAAAGAGGUGGGAGUGGGAAAGAGGUGGGAGUGGGAAAGAGGUGGGAGUGGGAAAGAGGUGGGAGUGGGAAAGAGGUGGGAGUGGGAAAGAGGUGGGAGUGGGAAAGAGGUGGGAGUGGGAAAGAGGUGGGAGUGGGAAAGAGGUGGGAGUGGGAAAGAGGUGGGAGUGGGAAAGAGGUGGGAGUGGGAAAGAGGUGGGAGUGGGAAAGAGGUGGGAGUGGGGAAAGAGGUGGGAGUGGGAAAGAGGUGGGAGUGGGAAAGAGGUGGGAGUGGGAAAGAGGUGGGAGUGGGAAAGAGGUGGGAGUGGGAAAGAGGUGGGAGUGGGAAAGAGGUGGGAGUGGGAAAAGGUGGGAGUGGGAGGUGGGCGUGGGCCGCGGUGGGAGUGGAGGUGGGAGUGGGCCCGCGGUGGGAGUGGGAGGUGGGAGUGGGAAAGCGGUGGGAGUGGGCCGAGGUGGGCGUGGGCCCGAGGUGGGCGUGGGAAAGCGGUGGGCGUGGGAAAGCGGUGGGCGUGGGAAAGCGGUGGAGUGGGAGGUGGGCGUGGGCCAGCGGUGGGCGUGGGCGGUGGGCGUGGGCCCGCGGUGGGCGUGGGCCCGCGGUGGGCGUGGGCAGAGGUGGGCGUGGGCCGCGGUGGGCGUGGGCCCGCGGUGGGCGUGGGCCGCGGUGGGCGUGGGCCCGCGGUGGGCGUGGGCCCGCGGUGGGCGUGGGCCCGCGGUGGGCGUGGGCCCGCGGUGGGCGUGGGCCCGCGGUGGGCGUGGGCCCGCGGUGGGCGUGGGCCCGCGGUGGGCGUGGGCCCGCGGUGGGCGUGGGCCCGCGGUGGGCGUGGGCCCGCGGUGGGCGUGGGCCCGCGGUGGGCGUGGGCCCGCGGUGGGCGUGGGCCCGCGGUGGGCGUGGGCCCGCGGUGGGCGUGGGCCCGCGGUGGGCGUGGGCCCGCGGUGGGCGUGGGCCCGCGGUGGGCGUGGGCCCGCGGUGGGCGUGGGCCCGCGGUGGGCGUGGGCCCGCGGUGGGCGUGGGCCCGCGGUGGGCGUGGGCCCGCGGUGGGCGUGGGCCCGCGGUGGGCGUGGGCCCGCGGUGGGCGUGGGCCCGCGGUGGGCGUGGGCCCGCGGUGGGCGUGGGCCCGCGGUGGGCGUGGGCCCGCGGUGGGCGUGGGCCCGCGGUGGGCGUGGGCCCGCGGUGGGCGUGGGCCCGCGGUGGGCGUGGGCCCGCGGUGGGCGUGGGCCCGCGGUGGGCGUGGGCCCGCGGUGGGCGUGGGCCCGCGGUGGGCGUGGGCCCGCGGUGGGCGUGGCCCGCGGUGGGCGUGGGCCCGCGGUGGGCGUGGGCCCGCGGUGGGCGUGGGCCCGCGGUGGGCGUGGGCCCGCGGUGGGCGUGGGCCCGCGGUGGGCGUGGGCCCGCGGUGGGCGUGGGCCCGCGGUGGGCGUGGGCCCGCGGUGGGCGUGGGCCCGCGGUGGGCGUGGGCCCGCGGUGGGCGUGGGCCCGCGGUGGGCGUGGGCCCGCGGUGGGCGUGGGCCCGCGGUGGGCGUGGGCCCGCGGUGGGCGUGGGCCCGCGGUGGGCGUGGGCCCGCGGUGGGCGUGGGCCCGCGGUGGGCGUGGGCCCGCGGUGGGCGUGGGCCCGCGGUGGGCGUGGGCCCGCGGUGGGCGUGGGCCCGCGGUGGGCGUGGGCCCGCGGUGGGCGUGGGCCCGCGGUGGGCGUGGGCCCGCGGUGGGCGUGGGCCCGCGGUGGGCGUGGGCCCGCGGUGGGCGUGGGCCCGCGGUGGGCGUGGGCCCGCGGUGGGCGUGGGCCCGCGGUGGGCGUGGGCCCGCGGUGGGCGUGGGCCCGCGGUGGGCGUGGGCCCGCGGUGGGCGUGGGCCCGCGGUGGGCGUGGGCCCGCGGUGGGCGUGGGCCCGCGGUGGGCGUGGGCCCGCGGUGGGCGUGGGCCCGCGGUGGGCGUGGGCCCGCGGUGGGCGUGGGCCCGCGGUGGGCGUGGGCCCGCGGUGGGCGUGGGCCCGCGGUGGGCGUGGGCCCGCGGUGGGCGUGGGCCCGCGGUGGGCGUGGGCCCGCGGUGGGCGUGGGCCCGCGGUGGGCGUGGGCCCGCGGUGGGCGUGGGCCCGCGGUGGGCGUGGGCCCGCGGUGGGCGUGGGCCCGCGGUGGGCGUGGGCCCGCGGUGGGCGUGGGCCCGCGGUGGGCGUGGGCCCGCGGUGGGCGUGGGCCCGCGGUGGGCGUGGGCCCGCGGUGGGCGUGGGCCCGCGGUGGGCGUGGGCCCGCGGUGGGCGUGGGCCCGCGGUGGGCGUGGGCCCGCGGUGGGCGUGGGCCCGCGGUGGGCGUGGGCCCGCGGUGGGCGUGGGCCCGCGGUGGGCGUGGGCCCGCGGUGGGCGUGGGCCCGCGGUGGGCGUGGGCCCGCGGUGGGCGUGGGCCCGCGGUGGGCGUGGGCCCGCGGUGGGCGUGGGCCCGCGGUGGGCGUGGGCCCGCGGUGGGCGUGGGCCCGCGGUGGGCGUGGGCCCGCGGUGGGCGUGGGCCCGCGGUGGGCGUGGGCCCGCGGUGGGCGUGGGCCCGCGGUGGGCGUGGGCCCGCGGUGGGCGUGGGCCCGCGGUGGGCGUGGGCCCGCGGUGGGCGUGGGCCCGCGGUGGGCGUGGGCCCGCGGUGGGCGUGGGCCCGCGGUGGGCGUGGGCCCGCGGUGGGCGUGGGCCCGCGGUGGGCGUGGGCCCGCGGUGGGCGUGGGCCCGCGGUGGGCGUGGGCCCGCGGUGGGCGUGGGCCCGCGGUGGGCGUGGGCCCGCGGUGGGCGUGGGCCCGCGGUGGGCGUGGGCCCGCGGUGGGCGUGGGCCCGCGGUGGGCGUGGGCCCGCGGUGGGCGUGGGCCCGCGGUGGGCGUGGGCCCGCGGUGGGCGUGGGCCCGCGGUGGGCGUGGGCCCGCGGUGGGCGUGGGCCCGCGGUGGGCGUGGGCCCGCGGUGGGCGUGGGCCGCGGUGGGCGUGGGCCCGCGGUGGGCGUGGGCCCGCGGUGGGCGUGGGCCCGCGGUGGGCGUGGGCCCGCGGUGGGCGUGGGCCCGCGGUGGGCGUGGGCCCGCGGUGGGCGUGGGCCCGCGGUGGGCGUGGGCCCGCGGUGGGCGUGGGCCCGCGGUGGGCGUGGGCCCGCGGUGGGCGUGGGCCCGCGGUGGGCGUGGGCCCGCGGUGGGCGUGGGCCCGCGGUGGGCGUGGGCCCGCGGUGGGCGUGGGCCCGCGGUGGGCGUGGGCCCGCGGUGGGCGUGGGCCCGCGGUGGGCGUGGGCCCGCGGUGGGCGUGGGCCCGCGGUGGGCGUGGGCCCGCGGUGGGCGUGGGCCCGCGGUGGGCGUGGGCCCGCGGUGGGCGUGGGCCCGCGGUGGGCGUGGGCCCGCGGUGGGCGUGGGCCCGCGGUGGGCGUGGGCCCGCGGUGGGCGUGGGCCCGCGGUGGGCGUGGGCCCGCGGUGGGCGUGGGCCCGCGGUGGGCGUGGGCCCGCGGUGGGCGUGGGCCCGCGGUGGGCGUGGGCCCGCGGUGGGCGUGGGCCCGCGGUGGGCGUGGGCCCGCGGUGGGCGUGGGCCCGCGGUGGGCGUGGGCCCGCGGUGGGCGUGGGCCCGCGGUGGGCGUGGGCCCGCGGUGGGCGUGGGCCCGCGGUGGGCGUGGGCCCGCGGUGGGCGUGGGCCCGCGGUGGGCGUGGGCCCGCGGUGGGCGUGGGCCCGCGGUGGGCGUGGGCCCGCGGUGGGCGUGGGCCCGCGGUGGGCGUGGGCCCGCGGUGGGCGUGGGCCCGCGGUGGGCGUGGGCCCGCGGUGGGCGUGGGCCCGCGGUGGGCGUGGGCCCGCGGUGGGCGUGGGCCCGCGGUGGGCGUGGGCCCGCGGUGGGCGUGGGCCCGCGGUGGGCGUGGGCCCGCGGUGGGCGUGGGCCCGCGGUGGGCGUGGGCCCGCGGUGGGCGUGGGCCCGCGGUGGGCGUGGGCCCGCGGUGGGCGUGGGCCCGCGGUGGGCGUGGGCCCGCGGUGGGCGUGGGCCCGCGGUGGGCGUGGGCCCGCGGUGGGCGUGGGCCCGCGGUGGGCGUGGGCCCGCGGUGGGCGUGGGCCCGCGGUGGGCGUGGGCCCGCGGUGGGCGUGGGCCCGCGGUGGGCGUGGGCCCGCGGUGGGCGUGGGCCCGCGGUGGGCGUGGGCCCGCGGUGGGCGUGGGCCCGCGGUGGGCGUGGGCCCGCGGUGGGCGUGGGCCCGCGGUGGGCGUGGGCCCGCGGUGGGCGUGGGCCCGCGGUGGGCGUGGGCCCGCGGUGGGCGUGGGCCCGCGGUGGGCGUGGGCCCGCGGUGGGCGUGGGCCCGCGGUGGGCGUGGGCCCGCGGUGGGCGUGGGCCCGCGGUGGGCGUGGGCCCGCGGUGGGCGUGGGCCCGCGGUGGGCGUGGGCCCGCGGUGGGCGUGGGCCCGCGGUGGGCGUGGGCCCGCGGUGGGCGUGGGCCCGCGGUGGGCGUGGGCCCGCGGUGGGCGUGGGCCCGCGGUGGGCGUGGGCCCGCGGUGGGCGUGGGCCCGCGGUGGGCGUGGGCCCGCGGUGGGCGUGGGCCCGCGGUGGGCGUGGGCCCGCGGUGGGCGUGGGCCCGCGGUGGGCGUGGGCCCGCGGUGGGCGUGGGCCCGCGGUGGGCGUGGGCCCGCGGUGGGCGUGGGCCCGCGGUGGGCGUGGGCCCGCGGUGGGCGUGGGCCCGCGGUGGGCGUGGGCCCGCGGUGGGCGUGGGCCCGCGGUGGGCGUGGGCCCGCGGUGGGCGUGGGCCCGCGGUGGGCGUGGGCCCGCGGUGGGCGUGGGCCCGCGGUGGGCGUGGGCCCGCGGUGGGCGUGGGCCCGCGGUGGGCGUGGGCCCGCGGUGGGCGUGGGCCCGCGGUGGGCGUGGGCCCGCGGUGGGCGUGGGCCCGCGGUGGGCGUGGGCCCGCGGUGGGCGUGGGCCCGCGGUGGGCGUGGGCCCGCGGUGGGCGUGGGCCCGCGGUGGGCGUGGGCCCGCGGUGGGCGUGGGCCCGCGGUGGGCGUGGGCCCGCGGUGGGCGUGGGCCCGCGGUGGGCGUGGGCCCGCGGUGGGCGUGGGCCCGCGGUGGGCGUGGGCCCGCGGUGGGCGUGGGCCCGCGGUGGGCGUGGGCCCGCGGUGGGCGUGGGCCCGCGGUGGGCGUGGGCCCGCGGUGGGCGUGGGCCCGCGGUGGGCGUGGGCCCGCGGUGGGCGUGGGCCCGCGGUGGGCGUGGGCCCGCGGUGGGCGUGGGCCCGCGGUGGGCGUGGGCCCGCGGUGGGCGUGGGCCCGCGGUGGGCGUGGGCCCGCGGUGGGCGUGGGCCCGCGGUGGGCGUGGGCCCGCGGUGGGCGUGGGCCCGCGGUGGGCGUGGGCCCGCGGUGGGCGUGGGCCCGCGGUGGGCGUGGGCCCGCGGUGGGCGUGGGCCCGCGGUGGGCGUGGGCCCGCGGUGGGCGUGGGCCCGCGGUGGGCGUGGGCCCGCGGUGGGCGUGGGCCCGCGGUGGGCGUGGGCCCGCGGUGGGCGUGGGCCCGCGGUGGGCGUGGGCCCGCGGUGGGCGUGGGCCCGCGGUGGGCGUGGGCCCGCGGUGGGCGUGGGCCCGCGGUGGGCGUGGGCCCGCGGUGGGCGUGGGCCCGCGGUGGGCGUGGGCCCGCGGUGGGCGUGGGCCCGCGGUGGGCGUGGGCCCGCGGUGGGCGUGGGCCCGCGGUGGGCGUGGGCCCGCGGUGGGCGUGGGCCCGCGGUGGGCGUGGGCCCGCGGUGGGCGUGGGCCCGCGGUGGGCGUGGGCCCGCGGUGGGCGUGGGCCCGCGGUGGGCGUGGGCCCGCGGUGGGCGUGGGCCCGCGGUGGGCGUGGGCCCGCGGUGGGCGUGGGCCCGCGGUGGGCGUGGGCCCGCGGUGGGCGUGGGCCCGCGGUGGGCGUGGGCCCGCGGUGGGCGUGGGCCCGCGGUGGGCGUGGGCCCGCGGUGGGCGUGGGCCCGCGGUGGGCGUGCGCCGCCGUGGGCGUGGGCCGCCGUGGCCGCGGGGGCGGCUGCGGCGCGGCGCGUUUCUGGCUCAAGGCAUGCCUCGUCUCGACAUGUGCUCGCCCAGCGCAAUGCUGUUGGUCUUGGAGGAGGGGGAGAGCUGUUGGUUUUGAGCUGA